AACUAAUCACCACGACAUUCACACGUGCUACUCUUUAGUACUCGUUUGAUACCACAGCACACUUAGAGCAUUACAUCGCAUUACAUCGCAUCACUACACCAUAACCCCGACGCAUCCCGUCGGCAACGCUCGCUAUCUGCCAUCUUCGUUGUCACAUCACCACCAAGAUGCGCUCCACGAUGCGAGCACUCACUGUUCUGGCCUCCGUCGCCCUCUUCGCUCGCUCCAACGCCCAGACAUGGUCCAACUGCAACCCAACUCUACGAAGUGACUGUCCCCCGGACUCCGCCCUCGGCAAAACCGUCAACAUUGACUUCUCGUCCGAGUCGGAGAGUUUCACAGCACAAGGCAACCCUACAUACGGUAACGACGGCGUGUCUUUCACCAUCAGACAGUCCGGAGACGCACCCCAGCUUACUUCGCUGUGGUACAUCAUGUUCGGAAAGGUCGACAUUGAAGUUCAAGCCGCACCGGGCGCGGGUAUUGUCAGCAGUUUCGUGCUGCAAUCCGACACGCUAGAUGAGAUCGACUGGGAAUGGCUUGGUGCAGACCCCGAUGAAGUACAAUCCAACUACUUUGGCAAGGGACAGACAACAGAUUACAACCGUGGUGCUUUCCACUCUGAUCCGGGCAGUCAGUCAGGCUUCAAGAAAUACACCAUCGAAUGGACCCCAGAACAGAUUGUCUGGCAGAUUGAUGGUACCACGGUCCGUACGCUAGAGCCUGCGAACGCCAACAACCAAUACCCUCAGACACCUAUGCAGAUCAAGUUCGGCGCAUGGAGCGGUGGUGAUUCAGCCAACCCCGCAGGUACCAUCUCUUGGGCUCGCGGUCCCACCGACUACUCCCAAGGCCCCUUCAGCAUGAAGGUCAAGUCUCUCAAGGUUCAGGACUACUCUACCGGUACUCAAUACGUCUAUGGCGACCAAACUGGCACUUCGGGAUCUAUCAAGUCUGUCGGAGGUACCAUCUUCUCUGGUGGUAACGCUCCUGUUGCCGACGCACCGGCCAUCACUGCGACUGCUACCGGACAGCCCCUGCCCUUUACACCUCAUCAGACCUCCGAUUACGUUCGCCCCAGCGUUUACCCCUGGAUUCCCGACCCGUCGGCUACUCCCACUCCGCAACCAACGUUUGCAAACUACCCCGGGCUCCCGAGCGGGUGGACCGUUUCGGAUUCCGGAAAGGUUGUUCCACCCAGCUCAGCCACUAUGUCCCCUCUCGGUUCCUAUACCUCAUCGCCGCAAGCUUUACCUACGGGUUCCUCCGACAAUGGGCCUAAGACAGUGACUGGAUAUGACGAUCGCGGCUUUACCACUAUCCGUACGAUAUACCCUAGCAAAACACCAGCGCCGACUAUCAGCGAAUUGGAGAACAAUGCUGCGACCGGAGUCCCCGCAGCGCCUGCACAAGGCGCAUCAUGGAAGCUUAUGGUCUCGUCCAUAUUACCAUGGGUCAUCGUCCUGGUUCACAUCCCUGGAUGUCUCAGCCUCUAGGCGCGCUGGACCGACUUAUGGGAUAUGAUGGACUUCGGUCCAGCGUUCUACAUACUAGGCGUUGGUAUCGUCGCGAUGAGUACAUGUGUUAGGAAAUGUUUUACGAAAGGAUAUGUUGGUUUCAAAGUCUCGAUCAAGCUCUGGGCUGCACCUUGGCCAGGCAUGACCUGGAAAUGGAGUUAUCAAAACAAGGGAAGCAAAGACAGAAGACUUGAGUACCUUAAUGUUUGGAUAUGGCUACGACUGCUUUUUGGAUUUUAGUUGCAUAGCGUUGGUUUGGGUUAUUGUUAAAUAUCAUAGCGUGGAUGGGAUUGAGGAUUGAGCUAUUGCUCUUUUGAACGUUAGACUAAUGACGACUACGUCGCAAAGUAAUGAAUUACUACCCUAUGAAACCUG